AUGGUGAACCCGGCCACAUCCCGCCACCGCGUCUCUCUCUGCGACCACCACCUCCUCGUCCUCGGCACAGCGCAGAUCUCGCCGAGUGGCCCUGUACACCAUAUCAUUACCCUCGCUGCCCUCUCAUACUCCCGAGCUCGCCCCCGCGUUGUAACAGCUUCGAUUACCCGCAAGAGCCGCACUAGCCGCACCAACAUGAACGUGAACGACAGUCUCAACCACCCUUCAGUACCUUUCUCCGACGCCGCCAUCCCUCCUCGCGCACCGAGUCGCGCUGGCUACCGCAGGCCAACGAUUCCUCGCACUAUCAGCUCUGACGACCUUCUCCCCGAGAUACCCUCCCUCAACACUCUCAAGUCUCAACCUAUGAUCACAUUCCCGUCCUCUGGCUCAAGCGACAGUGACUCGGACGAAGAAGACGAUUUCAAACCACUCGCUGUCGCCCUCCCGCCUCUCUACCCACCCCACUCCCCAACCUCGUCAACAUCCAGCUCCGACCUCGACUCGCCCUCUUCUUCUUCAGAGGAAGACCUACACUACUUCUCUGACGAGCCUUCCUUUGACGAUUUCCCUCUUCCACCCCAUGCACAAGAAGAUUAUACCCCACUCGCGCCUGAACCACUACCCGCUCUCCCCACGGACAUCCAUACCCUGCCCUCGCAUCCGACGCUCUUUCAUCACGGUCUUUCGCGUAGCGCCCUCGCCACAUGUCGCGAGUUCUGGGACCGCCGCUUCCGCAUCUGGCAUUCCUGGCGCGCUCAGGUCGAACACAUCGACGCCGUCCAGGCGGAGUACCUCCGCGAGGGUCUCCGGGCGAGCCUCCGAUUCCCCGAGCCCCCAGUUCUGCCUCGCACCCGUACCCUUCCCAGUCAAGGAGCAAACGGGAUCAACCAUGCCAUAGCGGCGGCCGCCCGACGCGCCCGCGUGCAAGCAUGCAGCCCGUACGCGCCCGUUUUCCCGAGGAUGGGCGACCUCGCGGCGCUGCGGGACCCAUACUGCGACUGGCCGGAUCGUGCGUUCAUAUACCAUCCAACGUACUCGAUCUCCAAGACGCUGUUCGAACACGACAUGCUCGAGCGCGCUAGGGCGCGCGCUGGCAGGAUUUAUGCGCUCGAUUCUCCGGCGUCGGUGUACAGCCAGGACGGUGCAAGCCCGCAGCAGGAAGUCGACAGCGCGCCGAAGCUGUGGGAGGUCGACUGGCGUGCGCGCUGGCAGAUCCUCAUCAGCCGACAGCAGUAUCCGCCCCAACCUUUCCCGCACCCUCCCCAGCAGGACGAGUCCCCCGUUUACGCCUGGUCAGGCCCUUCUUCCUCCGACGUCUCCAUCCCCCCCAUGCAGGAGGAGGAACUGGGCCCGUUCAUGUGGCAGACGGCGGACGACACGCCGACUCUGGUGCCGUUCGAGAGCCCAUCUACGCAGGACGCGGGUGCUGAUGUGCAUUCGCCUAUGGCCGUACAGGGAUGGCGUGUAGCGCAGCUGGAGGAUGCAGCGACGCCCGUGGUGCGGCUCCCCGGACGUGCAGCAACAGGCGCAAGAUCACUCGCGGAGGAACUCGCGGACGUCAUGGCGGCCGGCGGGGACGCGGAGAGCGCGUGCGAGGAGCCGCCGCCGCGACCGGCGUCGCCCUCUCCGCGUUUCUUCUUCCACGACAUCGAGGACGACGAGGUAGACGAGGACGAGGCGGACGGAGAUCUCGGCGUGCGCAUUAGGCCCGCGUUAGGCGGGGGGCUCGUCCGCGUCAGUGUACGACCGGUGUCGUGCUGAGCGAGGCGCGGGCGCAGACACGGACGAGGGGCAGCGAGGGUACCAUGAUUGUAUGUAUUACCAUAGUAGUUGUAGUAGUCGUAGUUAUAGUCCACCGUACUUGUACAUAGUGCCGUGUUGUCUCUGUAUAGUGUGUGUAUGUGUAUAAUCACGCCUCUUCGAUUAAUGUUACUACCAGCAGC